UUGCUUGAAUCCUCCCCCUUCUUUCUCUUCUCUAAUUUUUCAUCUCUCGUUAAUGGAGAAUCAAGCAGGGGAAACUUCAUCUACCGAGUCUCAGGUCACUUCCAUCCACCCUACCGCCCCCGGCGGAGGAAACUGCAUGAAACGGAGUGCGUCGGAGAUAGCCAUGGCGGAGUUUUUUAAUUUUAACGCAUCGUCAGACCUCACUGAAAACAGCGUCAUCCAUCACCCAACUUUCCAUGAAAUUUCUGAACAGUUCUUGGCUGACGAUCUCUCCUUUGAUUUCAAGAAUCGGGAAAUCAUGAACGGGUUCCUGGGUGAUCUUGCGUGGGCAGAAAAUCUCACAUCGCAGAAACUAACCAAGAUUAAUAUUGCAGCAGCAGCCGUUGAUUCACUGUCAUCCAUAUGUCGCAGAGGGAAUUGGUCGAGUGAAAGUAAGCAGAAGCCCAAAAAAUGCAGCGAAGAAAGUGAAAUAAUAGCAAGAGGAACAAGCAGUGGAUCGUCUGGGGGUCAGUCUGACGAUGAAACUGGUCCAUGUGAACAAAGCAUUGACCCGACCUAUUUGAAACGCAUUAGAAGGAAGGUCUCCAACCGAGAGUCUGCAAGGCGAUCAAGGAAAAGAAAGCAAGCACAUAUGGCAGACCUUGAAACCCAGGUUGAUCGACUGAGAGGAGAAAAUGCAUCUCUGUACAAGCAAUUUAUAAAUGCAACUCAACACUAUAAAGACGCUGACACAAACAAUAGAGUGCUUAAAUCUGACGUGGAAGCUCUGAGAGCCAAGGUUAAGUUAGCAGAAGACGUAGUAGCUCGAGGGUCAUUCACGUGUGGAUUGAAUCAACUUCUUCAAAGUCAUUUAACCACACCACAGCCAAUAGCCAAUCAGAAUAAUCCACGUCAAUUACCGAAUAUGCCUGUUUCGGUUUCUGUGUCACCGACAAUUACUGUGCAUGGUGAAAAUAAUGCAAAUUCGUAUGCUACUGGGUUGCCUCAUGGUUCCUCUCUUAAUACUCCUGAUAUCAGCAAUGGACUCAUUAAUAGCGAUUCUGCAAGCUGUGGCUCUGGGAUUUGGCAUUGAUUAUUAACUAUCCAUGGACAUUUUCUGUUCUUUUCUUUUCUUUCUUCUAGCAGGGAUGGUAUGGUUAAUGUUAUAAGUAUUCGGCUUUGAGUAUUCAAUUGAGUACUCAAAUAAAAUAAUGUUAUUGAGUAUCAACUGAAUAUUCAAUUGAGUAUUCAAAACUGGAUACAUAUAUAUAAUAUAGUUUCGUACCAGACAAUCUUGUACAUUGACUUAUGUAGACAUGUAGUCUAGUUUGUUUUUUUUAUUUAGCCUUCUUCUACGUUAUGCUUGUAAUUUAUAUGAGAUAUAUAUGAACCCAAAAUAAGAUGAGAUCCAUCAUUUAUGUAA